AUGGCACCCCCUCUCCUUGAUAAAUAUAGGUCGCCGUCAAUCCCGUCAUAUGAUGGGCGAGGGGAUCCCGACGACCAUCUGGAGAUGUACACCGGGCACAUGCUCUUACACGGUUACGCUGAGGAGAUCAUGUGCCGAGCCUUCCGAAACCAUUUAACGGAUUCUGCACGGAGGUGGUUCCGAAUGCUGAGGCCAAACUCUAUCUCGAGCUGGGAUGAGUUGAAGGAAACAUUUUCCCUCCAAUUCAUAGGGGUAAAAAAGUACGUCUCCCCAAAGCAGAAUCUGACGACGAUAUAUCAAAAGCUAAAUGAGUCAUUGAGGGAAUGGCUCGCAAGGUAUGGGGAGACCGUCGCUGCCACAAUGGACAUAACAGACAGAGAACCCUUGACGGGGGCUUUAUCUAGCAUGAAGAAAAUAACCCCGUUCAAAAGAGAGCUUAACCGAAAAUCUCUGACCAACUACAGAGAAUUUUUGGUGCGAGUGCAGGGGUACAUCAACGUCGAAGAGGCAGACACGAACGACCCCGAGCACCGGACCAACAAGAACAAAGGAACUGAACAGGGGUCGGCGCCUACGAAGCAGGAUGGGAAGAAGCGUCGAGGCGGAGGAAACAGAGACAAGCAGCCCGCCGCAACGACGAGCGCUCCGGAAGCCAAAAAGCCGAGGCAAGAGGACACCCGAAGACCUCGGCUGUUCCAAAAGUAUGAUUCCUACCAUGAGUUAACGGUAGCAGUUGAGGAGGUUUUCAACCAAGUCAGCCGCGGGAACUUGCUGCGCCGACCGGAAGCGAUGAAGUCAGACCCCAGCCGAAGGAACCAGAAGAAAUUCUGUAGGUUUCAUGGCGAUGUCGGCCACCACACCAACGAUUGUGCCGACCUCAAAGACAAGAUCAAGAGAUUGAUCCGCGAGGGAAGUCGACGCCGAGAGGAGAACCAGCGCCCAGAGGACCGUGAACCCGUCGGCGUCAUAAGGACUGUCCUCGGCGGGCCCUAUAUAGGAGGAGACUCGAGGAGGUCUCAAAAGGACUACGCCCACGAGGCCAGGGGGGUUUAUCAGGAGCGAUUCGGGAGCGUCUCCGCCGUAAAAACUCCAAGGUAUAGCCACACUGAUGUGGCUUUUAACGAGGAUGACGCUUGUGGGGGUCAUUUUCCCCACAACGAUGCCUUGGUGGUGGAAGCCAUGAUAGGAAACCACACCGUGUGCAGAAUCCUGGUGGACAAUGGGAGCUCGGUGGACCUUCUAUACUUCGAUUGCUUGGAAAAAAUGGGGAUCCGGAAGGAACAAUUGGAGAAAACCUCCAGGCCGCUGUAUGGCUUCACAGGCGACUCCGUUAUCCCUCAAGGGACCAUCUGCCUACCCAUAACCGCCGGUGAAAAACCUCGACAGACAACCACAAUGGCCAAUUUCGUGGUCAUAAAAGGAAGCUCCCAGUACAACGCGGUAAUUGGGAGGCCAACCCUCCAAGCGUUAAGAGUAAUAACCUCCAUUUACCACCAAAAGGUCAAGUUUCCCACCCCAAAUGGCGUGGGGGAAAUGAAGAGCAACCAAUAUGAAGCUAGGGUUGCGUACUUUGACGCCCUGUGCGGAUAUGACCAACCGGGGAGACAGGAGACAAGGAUGGUUCACCAAGGCCUCGUCGAGGAUAUAGAUCCCCGGAUCCAGGAGGAAGUCACGUGGUCUCAACCUAUGUCACUCCCUGAACGUCGACCCCUCAUAUCCACCCAAACGACAGAAGCGUCGGUCGAUGAAUCCCGAGAGGUAUGA